ACAAUGAAUGGUUUUGCAGAAAGGAGGAAGUGCAUACACAUCAUUAAAAGCCCAUUUCAACUGGCUGAUAAAGGCUGAUACAAAUGCGCUGGUGCAUGCGGGGUAUAUUAUCGUUUUUGAGUACUAUCUGAGCCUGUUGUCUUGGCUGGUAUUGUGUUUAGGAAUUGUUGGUGUUAUAAGUCACACCAAUGGACAUUGAUAAAUUAAUAGCGCUGUCUCAUGAAAAGAUAACACGUAAUCUGUUUAAAUUUUGCAUUAGAUAGAUUAUCAAGUGCUAAUUCAUUUUAUAGGCUCAUCGUAUUCCUGGGGGACGGCAUCAGACUGACAAAAACAAACCAGAAGAGAAAGCAAGGGGAUGUCCAUGGACCUUUUCUCCAUCAGACAAACAAUCCCACCACACCACCAACGGACACACGCACACCCUCCUCGCAUCACCUCCCGACACCUCAGCACCGCUUCCACUUCCACAUAGAGCCAGGACACACCGGGAAACCCACACCAUCUUUCACAGAGCCCGCCAGAGAUGUUUUCUUCAGUGACUGAGUCCAGGCUAGAGAUCUUUAAUGUGGCUGAUGGGGUCGAAGGAGGAGAGAAGGCCCCCGCUCAGAACGGAGUACAGAUGGUGUUCGAGCGCUACCUGCAGCCCUGCCUGGCCGAGCUGUUUGGGACCACCCUGUUUGUCUUUGUCGGCUGUGUGUCUGUGAUCGGGAACCAGGGGGUGGAGGGUGUGGUCCAGCCGGCGCUCGCCCAUGGCCUGGCGCUGGGGGCGCUCAUCACUGUCCUGGGGGAGAUCAGUGGUGGUCACUUCAAUCCAGCCGUGUCUCUGAGCUUGUACCUGUGUGGAGGCAUGGAGCUCCCCCUGCUGGGCCCGUACAUGGUAGUCCAGAUGUUGGGGGGGAUUAUAGGCGCCGGUCUGGCCAAGGCGGUGUACCCCGCUGCCCUGUUCAACGCUGCGUUCGGCGGGGCCUUCAGCGCCGUUCAGCUCCCCGCCCAGACAGCCGGGGCCGUGGUGGCGGAGACGGUGAUGACCCUGUUCCUGACCUCGGUGGUGUGCCUGGGGGUCGCCAACGCUCGCACCCGCAGCCAGAUGGCUCCGCUCUGCAUCGGCCUCACCCUCAGCUCCUGCGUCCUCGCCGGAGGGGCCGUGUCCGGGGCCUGUAUGAACCCAGCCCGAGCCUUCGGCCCAGCGGUGGUGGCCAACUACUGGAACUAUCACUGGAUCUACUGGGUGGGGCCCCUCUGUGGGGCCCUUCUCACUGUCACCUUUGUUCGGUGUGUGCUCCUCACUGUUAUUAUAUCAUAUCAUUGUAUUUUCAUUAUUAUUAGAAGCAUUAAGUUCAGUCUAUUGGUUUCUUCCACAGGUUGUUUUUAUAUUUAAACACACGUUUGCAGUGAAUAUCACCUACAGGAUGCUGAAAUGUUACAGGUCACAGUGUGUGAUUUGUUCCACUGUGAAAAAACUCAACGUUCUCUGCUGCCCAGAGCAAAUUUUUGGUUCCAAAGGUUGUAUUGCAUCGAAACGCACGGUUGCAGUCAAUAGAUUUGGGCUAUAUCACCUGGUUGGAUAUAACGUUGACCUGAAAUACAUGCAUAUGCUUUUUAUAAUGGUUAAUCUUAUUAAAUCAAUAGCAUCGUGCACCUGACGUAAGGGUCCAGUGGUGCAAUCCGUCAGCGUGCAAUACUAAAAUAAUCGGUGGAGUGAUUCCGAGAUUGGCUGUUCGAGGCUAACCUGCAUCAUAUAGUGCAAUUUUAUUUUCACUGCAUGGUUGGCGGGUCAGCAAUAUAAUAGAAGAUGGAUCAAAAGAAGAAUACCUUGUUAACUACCUGUGCUUGCCUGUUUUUGUGUUUUAUAGUAUGACCAAAUACACAAAACACUAAAUAUUCGUAUUGGUUUUAUUUUAUAUUUCUCUUCAUAUAAUUGUGCACGCUCCAAUGAAACACAACACACGAGCAACCCAUUGACCUACAUCUGCCCCAUGCAGGCUGUUGUUUGGGGACCAGACGACGCGUAUCUUACUGAAAUAAAACCUCUUACGUCGACGGAUCACCGGCAGCACCGCCAUGUUGAUGUCAGACCAAAACAACCAAGAACUUGGGGUCAACUCUGUUUUCUCAGGAGCAGCUACAUAGAAAUAAAUGUAAAUCCCCUUUAUUUUUGUCCGAUGUAUGUUACAUUUUUGGAUUCAAAACCCAUUCAUAAACCAUGCAUUUUAAGUAUUUAGUUUAUUCAUGUGUUGAUAAUCAUCAUAUAGGAGUUGUACAAUGUAUUGAAAGUCUGGAGGUGAAUAAAGUUGCAACAAAAAUGUACGCUA